AUGAUCACUGCGGUUGGCUCGGACUCCUUCUUCAACCUGUUCGAGGGGGAAGGGAAGUUGAAAUACUUGCAAAGGUUGGCCGAGAAGUAUGUGGCACUUUACCAGGCAGACUCUGUGGCGAACAUUGCGGAGCUCAACCCAGGUGUCAAGGCAGCCUCUCGCGAUAUCUUUAGGGCCUUCUCUUGUUUGCUGGUGUUGCUUCACCCAGUUCCAGGCUAUUUGGGCACCAGCGUCUCCAACUUGACAGAUUUCAUGAGCGCCCACGAUGAAUCAAACACAUUGGUCAACGGCUUGAACCUCUUUCUGAAGGAAGAUGAGGCUUGGCAGUCUCGUGUUGAUGACUGUCUCAAAGUUGGCACUUCCACCUUGAAGCUUGGCCAAGAGCUGCAAAAGCUUACCAGUGAUUUGGAGGAAGAGGACGUGCCUGAAGCGGACAUGUCUCUCAUCACAGCGCCGUUCAAAGCAGCAGUCCAAGCCUUUCCAGCGAUGCGGGGCAAUCUCAAGGAAGGAGCCACUGACAACUUGGCACAGCUUGUCAAGGAUAGAGUGGUAAAGAUCGUCGAGAGACUUUGCCAAGUCUCAAGUGUUGACAGUGAGACUGUCAAUCAGAUUUCAACCAUGACCUACGCCAUCAACCUGUUUGCCAGUGACCGAAGCAUUAUGGAACUCAGGAGCAAGUUUGUUGAGUGGCAGGGCAAGGUUUCCCAGCAGCUCUUUGCUGAGAACCUAGCCAACAUGACCCAGACUCUGGAGAAGCAAGAGGUUGAGGGGGGAGCCUUUCACUUCUCCUUGCCGCCUACAGGUGACAUGCUUUCCCUUCUGCAGAAACUUGAGCGCGGUUCAGAGCCAAUGGAAGAAAAGGUCAAGAGGGAUUUGCAAUACCUUAGCUGGGCACUGCUCCGCACUCUGCGUUUUGAGGCAAUGGGUGUCCAUGGAAAGGAACCAGCGGACAUCAAGAGUGAGGAGUUGACUUUGCUGAACAAGAUGGUGGACCUUGCUUUUGACUCCCACCAACAGCUCAGCGCUGUGACUGGUCAAGCCAAGCUUCUUUCAGAUGGGGCCUACUUGAGAAAGCAGCAAGCAAAGUGGCUCAAGCUUGGGUCAGACAGCAAGACCCGUCUCAAGAAUGAUGUCAAGCAAGGUGUGCUGAUCGCCUACCUGAAGUCUGCGGAAAGCUUUUUUGCCUCAGUCAAGAAGGCCAGUGGCGACAAGCAGCCAGAGCACGAGAUCAAGGAGUACUCUGGCAAGAUCGCUGCUAUGGACAUUGGUGAGGCUUUUCCACUGAAUGAGGAGGUGAUCAGCGGACUGAAUGACUUUGUGCAUGACAUGAAGGCGACAGUGGAGAAGCAUGUGGGCACACUUUGUGAAAUCACGAGUGAGAAGCACCUGCCGGGAGAGGGGAAAUCCUGGAAGCACUCUCUUGGUGAGGAGGCAACUGUGAAGGAAGUCAGGACCUUCGUGUCUCUUCACUUGGGUGGUGAUGAUGUGAGCAAGUUGCCGGAUAUCCUUCGCACCCUGGACCAGGACUGCAGCGAUGUGACGCUGUGGCAGAAGCGUGUGAAGUUCUUGAAGGACUUGAACAAUGAGACCGGGAAGCAGGUGAAGCAAACCUUGGAGUCCUUGGCGAAGGAAGUGAGCCACCAACACCACAUGGGUCAACUCUUCAAAUCAGAGGGCAUGCUGGCCAACGGUCUUGUCUGCAAGAGCAAUGACAUGGCCUGCAAGCUGAUCCGGAAGGAAAUGGAAUCCUUGGUUGGUGGGAACCAUGGUGUCAAGGAGCAAGAGGUUCACCCUGCCUUACUGAAUGCUGCUAAGUCUGUGCUAGAUGCUGGAAAGAAGUAGCAAGUGAUGAGUGUAGGGUAGGAGGGCUCGAGUAGGCUUUCAGCGUUUCCUUUAGCUCACGAGUUAGAGCAACGUCUGCUCAGACUCGAAGCUCUGACCUUCUCGCUUUUGCCCGAGUUUUGGCCAAUUCUCAGUCGUCUCAGGCUUUCAGAUGGCUUGAGCACGAUGCUUUCCCCUACUGAUACUGACUCCACUGAUUCCCAUAGCGAAUGGUGCCCAGGUGCAGUCCUGAACUGGUCUAAGUCUAUGUCUAUGUUAGUUCCUUUUAAAUUAGCUAUUUGUAUCGUGCUUGUGCUGGGCCUCUGAAGAUUCGGGCCUGUGAAGAUUCUCAUUUCAACUCAUUUAAACCUUUAAGACUUUGACAAGAAGACAGCCAGGAGCAUACGUCAUGCCCGCUGAAAAGUGACAGGAGUGUUGUCAAGAUGAAGCGAGGUAUUUGCAUCACUGUGAAUUUUCACUUUACUACUAGCUAACUUCUUAUACAACACUAUAGCUAUAGCUAUAGUAUUCCUAGCUACUGCUUGUGAUUUGUUGCUAUUUCAUGCGGCCCUACGGACCUACCAGCAAUUUCCUGUUUGCUUGAGGCUCUCCCCUUGCUUUUGCCUGCCUGAUUCUGCUUGAUUCCUUGUAAAAGUCACCUUUUUUGUGACUUUUUGGUGCGUGUGCAUUUUUUUUGCAUUUUUUUGCGUUUUUUUUGCGUUUUUUGAACUGCUGUUCUGCGUUUUUUUUGCUGUUUUUCUGGCUUCCUUUUGCAUUUUUGUUGCUUUUUGCUAUGCGAUCUUUUUGACCAGCUGCCUUUUUUUUGCUUUUUUUUUGCAUGUUUUUUUGCAUUUCCUGGUCAUCCUUUGUGAGUGUGGUUUUGCAUCUUUUUUGCUUUUUUAUGAAUCCUUGAGAUUUCAGAGGUAGGCUGUAAGGUACAUCAUAACAUUACCUUUUGUUAUUGCUGUGCUUCGUCUCAUCCUCCCAGCAGAGCAGAAAAUCCCAAUGCCUCUGGAUCUUGGGCGCAAAGAUC